UAGCGCCUACUUUCCUAAUGGCUAGCUGCGACUCUCCACUGCUCAGCCAGUUUUACGCAGUUUGCAUGACAUUUUACAGCUAAAUCGACCUGGAAGACUUAAAUCUCUCCAGCCACAUUCAGCUCGGCGGGUUUUUGUCGUUUUGUCGAGCCAUGUAGCGAGGAUACGACGCCUGAGGAGUAACAAACAUUGAGUCAGUGUUGCGUGUUGUGCACUGCCACUUUCAACCAAAACAAUGUUGACAGACGACCUGUGGACACAUACCAACAAUCAGUCAUUUCAAGGAUGGAUAACAGUGAAGUGAAGAAGAAAUCAUAUAGAAGAGAUGACCAUUUAAGCAAAUUGGUCUACACUGAAAGCCCUGAGGAGGGAGGUCUGUUAAAAGUGGCUCCUCACAGUGCUGUGUCCAUCGCCUCUGCCACCUCAGUCGUUCUUCCAUCCAGCCCGUUGAUGCAGCCAGGACAGGUGCCUAACGGCCUCAGCAACAGCCCCCUUCCAGAGGAGCUCACCUCCGCCUCUAUCACAGCCACCGUAGGCCCCUUGUUGGAAGACCCAGAGCCCAGGGUGCUGACCAAAGAUCAGAAGCUUCUUCAGCAGCAGACUCAGACUUUCACUAUAUUUGGGCGUCAAACCUUGAGGGAAAAUCUGCCCCAGUUGGAGGCCAGUAUAGCAGACGUUAGCCAGUCCUGCAUGGAUUCACUUAUUGGGGGAUCAGAUCCCAAUUUCUUCCACAUGAAAACAGAGGAUUUCUCCAUGGAUAAAGGAGACCAGGAUCCCAUUGACCUUGAUCAUGCCUUUGAUCACAUUGGGAAAGAUGUGGACGUGAACCAGAAAUUUUUCAGUGACAACACUCUGGACCUGCUCCAAGACUUCGAGCUCACUGGGUCCCCCUCAGAUUUUUAUGUCGGGGAUGACGCCUUCCUAUCCACUCUGGCAGACGAUUCUCUGCUUGGGGACGUUAGCUCAGAGAGGGACAUAAAACCCACCGUGGUUGAGAGCGUUAAUGGCAGUGGGGCAAUCUCUGUUGCUCUCAAUGGCAACACGAUCACAUGUCCAGAUCAGUCCAGCUCUAGUGUAUCCACAACUGCCUCCUUAACACCUACAACCACUUUGGCUGCAUUGGUGAAGAAAGAAAAAGAUGCUGGCUUCAUCCAGCUCUGCACCCCAGGUGUGAUCAAACAGGAGAAGACAUCCACAGGUCAGAGUUAUUGCCAAAUAAGCGGCACAUCCUCCACAGACAUGCCCAGCCCUAACCCCAUCUCCAUCUGCGGGGUCAGCACUUCAGGAGGACAGAGCUACUGCUUUGGAGUCAACUCUAUCAGCAAUGAAGCUCAGCAGCAGAAGACUCAGAAGCCGUUGUCCAGCCAGUACCUCCCAGUGACAACCAUUGGUGGGGCCUGGAGCAGAGUCCAGGGUAUUGGGGACAACUCUGCAAUGCUCAGGGCCAGCGAGCCUUUCUCAAGCUCUCCCUCUUACCCCACCAGCUUUGCCAGACAAGAAGUCAGUGCGGCUAUAUCCUCGCCACAGGGAAAGAGCGGGACUCAUAAAAUCUGCCUGGUGUGCUCUGAUGAGGCCUCAGGCUGCCACUACGGCGUUCUCACCUGUGGCAGCUGCAAGGUCUUCUUCAAGAGAGCAGUGGAAGGGCAGCAUAAUUACCUGUGUGCUGGGAGGAACGACUGCAUAAUAGACAAGAUCAGGAGGAAGAACUGCCCGGCUUGCCGCUUCCGCAAGUGUCUGAUGGCAGGCAUGAACCUGGAAGCGCGCAAAACCAAGAAGUUGAACCGCUUAAAGGGCACCCAGCCGAGCAACCCGCCCGAGCUCAUUCCUUCUCCGCCAAUUGAGGCAAGGUCCCUUUUACCCAAGUGCAUGCCUCAACUUGUUCCCACGAUGCUGUCCCUGCUGAAGGCCAUCGAGCCGGACACCAUCUACGCCGGCUAUGACAGCACCCUGCCCGACACCUCCACCCGCCUCAUGACCACCCUCAACAGGCUGGGUGGCCGACAGGUCAUCUCUGCUGUGAAGUGGGCCAAGGCUCUGCCAGGUUUCAGGAACCUGCAUCUGGACGACCAGAUGACUCUGCUACAGUGCUCCUGGCUCUUCCUCAUGUCUUUCGGUCUGGGCUGGAGAUCUUACCAGCAGUGCAACGGCAACAUGCUUUGCUUUGCACCAGACCUCGUCAUCAACGAGGAGAGGAUGAAGCUGCCCUACAUGGCCGACCAGUGUGAGCAGAUGCUGAAGAUUUCCAGCGAGUUUGUCCGGCUGCAGGUUUCCCACGAUGAGUAUCUGUGCAUGAAGGUCCUGCUGCUGCUCAGCACAGUGCCAAAGGACGGUCUGAAGAGCCAGGCGGUGUUCGAUGAUAUUCGGAUGACGUACAUUAAGGAGCUGGGGAAAGCCAUCGUGAAGCGCGAGGAGAACUCCAGCCAGAACUGGCAGCGUUUCUAUCAGCUCACCAAGCUGCUGGACUCCAUGCAUGAGCUGGUCGGUGGACUGCUCAGCUUCUGCUUCUACACCUUUGUGAAUAAAUCCCUGAGUGUGGAGUUCCCGGAGAUGCUCGCCGAGAUCAUCAGCAACCAGUUACCAAAAUUCAAGGCAGGAAGCGUCAAACCUCUCCUCUUCCACCAGAGAUGACUGUGCCCCAUAACAGACACAAUGCCUUAAAAUCCCACCACAUCACCUCACCAAUUUCUCCCCCACCCCCACCCCCACUCCCAACCCACCCCCCAAAGAGCGAUGAUAAAAGAAACGAGGAUCCAAGGCGAGGAGCGAGCAAUGUUCCUGGGAGCGAGUAUGCAACUUUGUGUAGUGGCUUACAAGUCUGGAGGGAGAGAGACUGGAGACGUUUGUGUAGAAACCAGACAGCGAGCACAGAGGUUUGUUUUGUCGAGCAGUCUAAGAUGUUGUGUAUAACAAGUAGGAAAUGUUUGUAAGAUAAAAGAUAAUCACAAAGAGAUAUAGGCUAACAUCCACGUUGUCUCAGGUUUCUUACCUUCAAAUACAGAACGAUAUCUAAGGUAGAUAAAACAAAUAUCUAUGUACAGGUUCUGAUAGUAUUUUCUACGUUUUCAAAUGGUAACAGUUUAUACAAUUUUCCAGGUCAUUGUUACCUGGAAAGGUAACAAAGCUUAAUUAAUAACAUGCUCUUAUGUAGGCUUUUAGACUGUAUGUUCCUCUUUUAGUUUUUAUAGGUUGUAAAAAAAAAUGUUUAUCAGUCAUAUGGGGAGAAAACUCUGUUUUCCAGUCAUUUAAAAAGCGUAUUUCAUUGCUUUGAUUGGACAUAAGAAAAAAAUUCUGUUGGAUUGUUACUCGACGUCCAUCGUUAAAAGGAUGAUUUCUCCCAAGAGCCGACCUCUUCCAGGUUUACACACGUCUAUUAUAAAAGGGAAAAAAAUAUGUGCCUUUUUUGCUUCAAAUAUCAUCUUAGCCAUCUCUUCCUUCCUGUUAAAGGUGUGGUCUCUUUAACCCACCAUGGUCUACCUUCAUCGUAUCUUGAUUGUACUCUUUAUGUUACAUGCAGUCGCAAGUUUUCCUGUUUUUUCGCAAUGGCUGUGUUUAUCUUUAGAAGUGGCAGCUCGGCCCAUCCUCUGCGUGUAGAAAACGAUCCUCACCUAUAAGACAGAAUAUUCGAAGCCUGCUUCCUUUCACGCAAUCUCCCGCACACUCAACUCCUUAAGUGCGAUUCAAGCACUUUGUACCCUGAUAAAGGCUUUAAAAGACUGUGAAGAAAGACUGUUAUGCUGUACCAGUCUUUGCUAUAUGACUUUAGAUGGAAGUUUGAAAAACUUUUCUAUAGGACGUAGUCGACUUUGAUGUUUAUUUUAGCCCCCGAUCCUGUCCCGAUAGUCUAAUAAUGGAAUGUGUUAGAUACCUGCGUCUACCAAUCAGAGAAGAGAGGGCAUAUUUUAUUGUGUUUGCAAGAUUAUGUCUUUUUUGUUUCAUCAGGAAAACAGAUUUCUGUGGUUCUAACAUGGUCAAACUGGUUGGAAAAUAACCGUCCUUCAUUUUUUAAUUCUUUUUACGGUCUGUUUUGUAAAACUGACAAACAUGGAGUCAUGAUCCUUCUCUGACAGUGUGUUGGAGUACUUUGGAUAGUAACUUACUGAAAGCCUUUGCAUUGUCGCGUUGCUAUAUUUGUUAAAGGAAUAGUUUAAUGUCCCGGGAGAUGCAUUUAUUUGCUUUCAUGCUGAGAUAGAUGAGAAGACUAACACCACGUGUAUGUUUGUAGGGUAAAUAUGUAGCUGGAGCCAACAGCUUGUUAGCUUUAGUGUAGCAUUAACACGGGAAAUGAGGAAAAUGGCUGACCUCGCUCUGUCAGAAGGGAACAAAAUCUGCCUACCAGCACCUCUAAAGCUCGGUUAUACUCAUGCUAUAUGUCAUUUGUUUAAUCUGUACGAGUAAUGGCUUUUUUUUCCUUGCAUUUCUAUUCAUCCUGCCCAGUUGUGUAUAAGCAGAUAGGCUUCAUUAAUAGUUUUAUACAAUUUGUAGAAUUAGAUUUCAGUGGAGGCUGCAUAGGAUUGUUUAAAAUGCAUGUAAACCAAAUAUGUGAAAACAUAAGGAGAACAUUUGAAUGUUUGAAACGGAACAAAAAAAAAGAUAUUUGGUACAGCCCCACAUAAAACAAAGAAUACAAACAACAAUUUGCAGUUUUUCUGGGGUUAUGUGCUGAACUAUUUGUGCGUUACAUUACGCUUAUAUGUCACCUCGUUUCCCUAACUGGCGUCUCUUGCUCGCGUCUUAGCUCCUCCCAGCAAGGAUGAGAGAGAGAGAUGCGAGUAAAAGACGCGAGGGCGGUGGAUCCAAAGCUGCCAAAUGAGAAAUGCUUGGUUCCAUAGUGUCAGUCUAAGGCUGCGUCAGUUGCUGUGCCAAAUGUAGAGGUGCAGCAUUUAUACAUCACGUCACUUACGUUGCUUAGGAUACACUCAUGUUUCCUUGCUUUAAGUUUCUCCAAAAGCCUCCUCUCUCCACCCCUGUGAAGUCCAUUUAAGGUAUGGGAAGAUGAUGAGGAGAAAGGACAUGAGGAAGCAUAUGUUAGCAUAAUGAAAAGCAGCCUGUGUCUUUGCCAGGACUAGUUACUUCCUGGAGUCUCCACUAGAUGAAAUAGUCCGGCACAUAAUUCCCAGUAAAACAGAUUUUUCUUUAAGUGUUCUUCAGUUUUGGUAGUGAUUAAACAAAUGAGAUGAAACAUGUAUUGCUGAGCUGCAGAGCUAGCAAGUAUAUUCUGUUGCCUUUCGACAGAGCCAGGCAAGCUGUUUCCCCGCCUGCUUCCAGUCUGUAUGAGCUAACUGGCUCCUGGCCGUGGCUUCAUAGUCUCUAUACAGGCAUGAGAGUACUAUCAGUCUUUUCAUAACUCUUGACAAGUGAGUGAAUGAGUGCAUGUCCCAAAGUGUUGAACUCUUCCUUUUUAAAAUGAACGGUUUGUAUAAUAGACAGCUUGUGUAUACAGCUUUUUGGAUCAGGCAGAUUCAUUACCCUGUAAACCUCCCACAGCUGCUGAUAACCUACGACCCCUCCUGUUGAAGCCUUCUGCUCCUUUAAUGCCCCGUAGGCAGCUUGUCUUUAUGUCUGUGUGUUUAGUACAUUUACACGUUUAUUUGUCUGUCCGUUAGUUAGUCGAGCCCCAGUGUUCGAAAGCACUUAGCAUCAGUCACCUCACUGAGUCAUGUCGUAGUGAAAGCGUAGCGUCACUGACUGGGGAGGCGGGCAAAAUGGAUCCUUUUUAAUUCUCUGGGAACUAUUUCAGUGCCAAACUCCAGUUUUGUCUGUUUUCAGUGAUGCUCAGAGUUGGUCAGUGUUUUUUAUCAGAAGGAGGAAAUCGAUUUUCCUGAGUUAUCUGAGCUUCUGUCCGCCAUAUUGAGGUCAUUAUUAAUGAGCGAUAACCGAGCUGUAUUCGUAACACAAGGCACUUACAGCUGUGAUCACACAGAGUAACGUAGGUCUGUCAGUAUCUGCGUGUUGUGUGAGUAAAUUUGAAAUGUGCUGUGACAUUUUCACCAGUUGUCAGCUCAGUUUGUCUUGUUGUUUGUGUUCAAAGCACAAAAUAAUCCAGGUUUUGAAAUGAAUGUUAACCUUAAAGAGGAAUUUAUUUAAGUGACGCCCUGCCAAUUUGAAAUAAUUGGAUAAAUAUGUCAAGUGAGCGACUACAAAGUGCUCAUUUCAAUCAAUCAAUCAAUCAAUUUUAUUUUUAAAGCCCAAUAUCACAAAUCACAAUUUAAAUACGGAAAAUUGUUUUGCUAUCCCAACAAAUUUAAAAGCACUCGUUAGGAAUUUUGCUCCCGCGCUCAGGUUGUUGAAAUUCACACAGUAUGUGGUUGUCCAUGUUUAGUCGCUUUAUGUCUGGACUUUCAGAACCAAAAACAGUCAGUUUCCCAAAAUGUGUCUGCCUCUGUGAUUUAUGGUGUUUCUCCUUUUCAAUGUCAGGAUUAGGAAAGUUGUAGGAAUGUGCUGCCACUGUUGUCUUUCACACCCCGACUCAGAAGACAUAUUUACUAUUUUUUUCUUUCUGAUGUUUAUUCAAAAUAGUCAAAAACAUCUUCAUUAAUUGCAUAGGGGUUACUCAUGGGUUACUUUCACAUUCAGUGUAUCCAUAUCUCUGCUGCUGCUGCUCUUCAUUAUAAAUCGCACACUUGCCUCUUCUCACUCAAAAAUGUAUCCUUGCUUACUUUCUUGUGCAUUUUUGAGGAGGACAACUAAAUAUGCAAUAGAAAUGACAUUAACUGUCAACAUCACAUAACAGGAUGUUGCUUCCUUUUCUUUUUUUGUUUUAAUUUAGUCUUUUUUCCAGUAUAAGCUAUUUGCAUACAGGAGAUUCACAGUUAACAUUAUCUCUGCAGGCCAGAUUUUCAGGAAAAGAUACACUUCUUCAGUACACAGUCAACAGACUGCACACAAUAAGCCUAUUUGAUGUUUGACUACAAGGUGACCAAAGCAAGCACAGACAAAUUCAACACGUGUCCGUGUCAACUACGUAGCUCCUAGAGGACAAAUGUACAGUUCUUUGUUUUAUGUAUUAAACACAUUUUCUUUCUUUCUUUCUUUCUUUUUUUACUCUAACAUGACAGCUUUGGUCAAAUUGUGUAAUACUGUGAAUAGGAUAGGAGUCAGUCUAUUUCACACACAAACUGUUUGUGAAAGUAAUCAACCAGCUUGAAUCUAAAAAAAAACAAAACAAAAAAAGAUUUGCACUACCCAAAUAUUGUUUGAAAAUCUAUUUUGUAUAAAACAUAUGCAGACAUUAACUUUUCAGAAUUAUCAAGGGCAGAUCAUGUUUCACUGGUAUAUGCUUUCUCUAAAAAACGAAGAAAAAAAAACAUUUGUUUUGCUUACAAAUUUGAAUAUGUACAUAUAAUCCAUUGUAAAGAAAAUGUGGUGUAUUUGUCUCCAAAUAAUAGUUUUUCUAUACCUACCCCUGCUGUAUUAUUUCUCCUCUGUAGUGUGACUCCUGUUGAUCUUUUCCUCCAUUGAUUAAAGGUCGAACUGUA